AACCACCUGACACGAGAGACAAGUUUACAACUCCAUACACGUGCGGCUGGUACGUCAGGACUGGAGUGGUGUGGUGGCAUCUUACACACAGAGGAAAGGAAAUAAACUAAAUCUGAGCGUUAAUCUGUGUUUAUAAAGACUUACGCGCUUUAAUCUUGCCUGCUUGCUCAGGUGCAGCAGGUAUCUUCCGUUUCUUUCUUCUUUUUUUUUUUUUUUGGAAGUGGAGGUGUCUAAACUCACUGUUUUUCUUCAUGGAAAGGAGACUGAACAAUGUGCCCCUAGCAUGGCUGUGGCUGCUCCACCAACCACCCAGGGACCAUGGCUUUUAGCCGCAUCAAUAAACUGGACCCCCCGUCCCGAGGCGUCUUCAGGAGAGCGGCGGUCAUGCUCUGCUCCCUCCUCUGCUCUCUCUUCCUCCUGCACUGCCUCGUCGACACCACCAACACCAUCUCCCCUUCGCCGGUCAGAGCCUCCGGGGGUCGGUGCGCGGAGCUUUUCGAGGACCUGCGGUCACUGAGGAGUAAGAGGCUGGUCCACGAGUGGAGCGCCGCCGGGUCGGAACUGAAGGGCUACGGGCGCGCCGCGCCGCCUCCCGCGGAUGAGGAGUCCGUCAUCCUGCCGCCUCCGGAUUUAGUUUCCUCCGGGAGAGUGUCGCCGAGGUUCGCAGGUAAACUCAGUCCGCUCGGCGAGGGGAGCAAGAAGCUGCCACAGGCGCUCAUCAUCGGGGUGAAGAAAGGAGGCACCCGGGCUCUACUGGAGUUCCUGCGGGUUCAUCCAGACAUCAGAGCCGUGGGAGCCGAGCCGCACUUCUUCGACCGCAACUAUGACAACGGACUGGAGUGGUACAGAGAGCUGAUGCCCAAGACCCUGGAGGGCCAGAUCACCAUGGAGAAAACGCCCAGUUACUUUGUGACCAGAGAGGCUCCAGCCAGGAUCUCCGCCAUGUCCCGGGACACCAAGCUGAUCGUGGUCGUGAGGGACCCGGUCACCAGAGCUAUCUCAGACUACACACAGACACUGUCUAAGAAGCCUGACAUUCCCUCUUUCGAGAGCCUCACCUUCAAAAACAGGACUACGGGGCUCAUCGACACCUCGUGGAGCGCCAUCCAGAUUGGCAUCUACGCCAAACACCUGGACAACUGGCUGCAGUAUUUCCCCAUGGAGCAGAUCCUGUUUGUGAGCGGCGAGCGUCUCAUCAGCGACCCAGCGGGGGAGCUGGGCCGCGUGCAGGACUUCCUGGGCCUCAAGAGGAUCAUCACUGACAAACACUUUUAUUUUAACCAGACCAAGGGUUUCCCGUGCCUCAAGAAGGCCGAGGGCAGCAGCAAGCCUCACUGCCUAGGAAAAACCAAAGGGAGGACCCAUCCCAACAUUGACCCAGAGGUGGUGCAGAGGCUGCGGGACUUCUACAGGCCAUUUAACAUGAAGUUCUACCAGAUGACGGGGCGUUUUUUUGGCUGGGACGACUGAAUGUGUUCCACAAAGACACUGAGGACUGUUGGAUAUACAAAGGUUUUGGAAAAAAAAAAGUCAUAAUAUUUCAUGAAAUAAGUAAUCAUGUCACCAAAAAACAAUAUUCAUGUAAAUAUUCUUAUACUCAUCCCAUCAAUAUCUGGUAAUCUAUUGGUUAUAAGUCUUUGUUUUGCACAAAAAAAAAAUCUGUUUUAUUAUGUUGUCUCAUAGAUUUAUGAUUCUUAUAUUUUUCUAAAAUUGAUGCUCUAUUUUGGUGAAAUAAUUCCUUUUAAUUUAAUUUGUGUGUUUUAACAUUGCACUGUAGGUCUUUUAAAAAAAAAUACAUAAACAGUGUAGAGUAUAUUCAGAUUAUGUUAAUAUCAAGAAAUGUAACAGGCAACAGAUUACAAUGCAGAUUUAUGGGUUUAUUAAUAUGAAUUGUUUUACUAUGACUUUAUCCUUGUGAUAUUGUAAUUUUUUUUUGACUUUCAUAAUGUUACUGCCAACAGAUAUAAAUUAACAUUGUUGUCAAAAUGGUUGACUUUUUCUCCACAAACAGUGUCCUUGUUACUGUGGCACAGAAAUAAUGGCCGCCGCACUAAACCCGAAGCAAUAUGUGACUGUUACAGGAGAGAGGGAUGUGUUCCAUCUCUCCUCAGCAGCACCCAGGAUAUAUGCAAUGUCUCACAGUUACAUUUUUCAUCAUCAAAGCUGCCUCUAAUCCACAAUCACGGGGACAUUUUCAAAGGAUGAUUGAGUCGUUGAAGGAUUUUUCGUCAUCUCUCGCUGCAUCUGAGGAAACUUUUCCUUAUAUUAGUCUUUGGCUUUGAGAGAGAGGGAGGGAGGGAGGGAGAGAGAGAGAACACUAUGGAAGCCAGUGCUUCUUGAAGAAGAUGGUUGAAAUCACACUGGGGCUUUGGAUAAAAGCUCUCACUGAGGAAUUUGAUGCCAUACUUUAAACCUACGUAGCUGCUUUCAAGUUUUCUAGUGAAAUAGUGUAUGAAAAAAAAAAAAAAAACCUUAAUGUAUUUUUGAAAUGUAUUUAUUCAAGAGGUACACAAAUGCUAUGUUUGUAUUUUUGAAUAAUCCCACUGUGUUUAUUUUCUCCCCAUGCCUUUUGGAGUUUGUUUUAUACUGAAUACUAAAAACAUGCUAUCGUCGUUUUAAUUUCAGGUUUCCGGUUUUAGUCGCAGAGCUGAGAUUUUAUUAUAUUAUUAUUAUUAUUAUUAUUAUUAUUAUUAUAUCAGUUAAUGAAGUUACAAGGCAAAGAUAGCACUGACUGUUAAUCAAGCAACAGCAACUUGAGUGGAGGGAGGGAAGAGACCUCAGGAGUCAAAAGUCAGGAGCAAAAAGUGUGACUCAAAUUUCCACAACAUGCCUUGUGAAUUGAAUGCACUUCAUGUCACUGGUCUCCUUUGCCUUGAUGCUGUGUGUGUGUGUGUGUGUGUGUGUGUGUACACUUGAAUUUGUUACCUCUUUAGGACCUUUAUGCCCUGAACACUGAGUUUGUCAGGACCAGUAGUCCUCAUGGUGACCAAAACCUGAUCCUAAUGAGGCAGAACCUGAUUUCUGAGAAACUGGAUAAGUUUAUGGCUGAGAUCUGAAUUAGCGUUAGGGCUGAUCAUUACCUGGUAAUAGUCCAAAUAGGUUCAUACUCUUUUUCCUGGUAUACUUGAGCUUACAUUUCAUUUAGUCAGACAAGUAAAGUAAGGUUGUUUACCUUGACAUGUUUCAGCUAUCAACUGUAGUCUUCGUCAGGCGUGUCUUGCUCAGCUGUUCCUGGCGACUAUGCGCCGCCCCUCUGUCUGGCGCCUUGUCGUUGUUGUAGGAGUGUGAAAAAGAAACAUCCACACAACAAUGAUGGACUGGGAAGAGGCCAAAGUCAUCCGCUCUGAAAGCAACAAACACCACCUCUGGAUCAGGGAGGCCAUCGAGAUCCGGAAAAUGGGCCCCAAGGACAAUCACCACAUAGACGUCUCCUGCUGUCUGACAAACCUGUAUAAGGAACAGCUGAGCAAGACAUGUCAUGGUAACAUCACAUGACUCUUCUGAUGAUAGCCAAAGCAUAUCAAGGUAAACAACCUUACUUUACCUGUCUGACCGAAUGCAAUUUAAGCUCAAGGGUUAACUGGUUAUGGUUAAGGUUAGGGAUAAGGUUUUUGUUUAGGCCGUCCAAAUGAAUGGAUGUCAAUGCAGCGUCCUAAGAAGAAGAAGAGCUGCACAAACCUGUGUGUGUAUGUGUUUGAACCUGGAUAGCAUGAGAACAACGGCUGAGUAAUUGUUCCUAAUUGCUGUCUACUUGUAUUGUGAGCCACUUUCCUAAAGCAGAUGUUACUAAAUUACACAAAAAAGUGUGUAUG